CUCAGCAAAUAAUUAGCGAUCAUUUUCAUGCUAAUUUUAUUGUUGUUAUUGGAUUACUGGAGUGUCAGAUAAGAGUACGUCAGGAUCAAGUUAUUCAGGGGCUGUGCCAUUGUUUAACACUCACUGCAGAUAAUUGGAAUGACAGACCGGAAAAUAUAAUUGUUCCCAUCACCUUUAUCUCUUAUGUCCUGCGCCAACCUGCUUUGUAUAUAGAGGAAGUUUGUGAUGCUCUGUUGUGCUUUACUAAGGAAGUAUCCGAAAGAUAUCCCAAUUACUCGAUUAACUCUAAGGAGCGCAAAGAACGAUUUUGCAUUGCCUUAUCAUUGCUAUUGCUAACCAAGAACUAUGAAUGUUCAGAUCAGCUAUGGUCGGCAUUAUUUGCGCCAAAUGAACAACUAAAUAUAACAUUGUUGUAUGAAAUGAUUGUGGCUAAAACUUUACGAGAUCCGAAAAUCCUUAUUGAGCGAUUGCAGGCAAUAGCUGGUCUAGAGCCAAAUCAACAAGUAUCCCUGCUUUCUGUUGCUCAUAUAUUCCUUCACUCUAACUUGGUUUUAGAUAGGAAUACUGGAAUCACAGAUGAUCAAAUUAAAAUGAUUUGUGAAUCUAUUUUCUCCCUCAUUGAGGUGGAAAAUUUUAAUGUACAUCAAUUUGCCAUUCUUGUUGUAGAAAAACUGAUGAACAAAUAUGAAGAAUUCGGAAAAUAUUUUCCCAUAAAGAAUGCUUCGCAGACAUCCGCUGAAGAUAAUUUGGCACCUCAUAUAGAAGCUCGUUACAUUUUACCUGAGGUUUAUUGUGCCAACAGUUCAUGGGAUUAUACAAAACAUAAUUAUAAAGCUUUUUCCUACGCUUUCUUUAUAUCAAACACUGCGGUUUAUUAUUUUAAUGAAGAUAAACUCAAAGUGUCGUGUCAAUUACGAAAAGCUAUCAAAUCGGCACAGCAAGUGGCAGAUAAAGUUGAGGAAUUGAAGUUAACAAAUAAAAUGCCAAUCAACCAGCAUGAACCCGUCACGAGAACUAAAUCAGCUAACAUUACUCCUGUCCAGCAAGCACCUGCUCCACAAUAUAGAUCUGCUAAAUCUAAUGGGGAACUGAUUGUGGUAUCUGCAUGCAAUGAUGAUGUCAACAGCUUAAAUGAUUUGAUCCGCAGCUGUGAGUCUUUUGGAGUGCAAACAUUGGUUUUAAGCGGUACAAGAAAUUUAAGUUCCGAAACUGAAGGAGAAUUGCCAAUCCUGAAAGUAAAACCUGAAUUACUUGAUGAUUAUUUGAGUGUGAAGAAGAUGGAGAAAUUUCACAUUGUUGGCAUAGAAAACAUAGAAAGAAGUUACACCUUAAAGCAUUUUGAUUCGGCUCAAAAGACCAUUCUGGUUCUUGGUCACGAUCGACAUGGUACACCAGAGAAUUUAAGAAAUCUUUUGGAUUGUACAAUUCAAUUGCCACUCGAGGAUGUUCAGAGAUUACAACAACUUCCUAUAUUUAUGUAUUCUAAGCAAUUCCUUAAAACAAUUUAG